CCGGCCCCAGCCAGCCCGGUGCGGGCGCCCCGCUCCCGGCCCCGCUCCGCUCCCGACCCGGCUCCCGCUCCGCUAGCGCCAUGGACACAUAGCCGCGGCGCCACGCAGGAAGAUGCGCAGUUCCAUCCCAGGCCUGGGCAGGGUGAUGGUGUUCCUUGCAGCAGCCCUGGCAUCAGCCUCCUUUGCCAUUCCUGAAGACUGGGAAGAGGAAGGCGUGCAGUAUGGACAGCUGGGGACAGAUGUGACCCUACCAUGCCCUGGUUUCCAUGCCAGCUCACCAGUGCGGUGGAGACGAGCCGGGGCCACGGCACUGCCAGAGGGCUCAGCCAUCCAGCAGGGAUCCCUGGUGCUGCCGAGCGCCAGCCUGGCCUUCGUGGGAGCAUACAGCUGCCAUGGCGAGGAUGGUGGCCUCCUGCACACUGUGUCCCUGCGUCUGGGGCACCUGCCUGGAGUUCCCUUUGUGUCCUGCAGAGCAUCUGAUUAUGAGAAUUUCUCUUGCUCCUGGACCUCCAGUGUGGAGACCUUCCUCCCCACCAGAUACAUCACCACAUACAGGAAGAAAUCCCUGACAGGCGAAGAAAAGAGGAGGAACAGGAACGGGCACGUGGGGCUGUGCCUGCAGGAUCCAUCCCGCCCCGGCACCUGCACGGUCCACAGGUCAGAGUUCUGGAGCUCCUACCGCCUGAACAUCACUGAGGUGAACCCCCUGGGCUUCAGCUACCGCCUUCUUGAUGUCACCAUGCAGGCCAUCAUUAAGCCAGACCCUCCAGAGGACUUGGUGGUGGAGCCCAUCCCCCUAGCCCCACGGCGACUCCAUGUGAGCUGGAAGUACCCUUCCUCCUGGCCAAAGGAACCCCACUUCCAGCUAAGGUUUCGGCUCCAGUACCGACCCAUCAUCCACCGUUCCUGGUCCGUGGUAGAGACGGUGAAUCUGUCUGAGGUUAUCACGGAUGCCUUUGCUGGGCUGGAGCACGUGGUCCAAGUCAGUGCCAAGGAUUUCCUGGAUGCAGGGAAUUGGAGCGAGUGGAGUGCUGAAGCCCGGGCAACACCAGUCAGAGACCUGGCCUUCACAGCAAGUGAAGAAACCACUACAGAUGCCAGACUGGAGAGCCUGGCUGAGGAGUCUUCCCAGGCUCCCAACCCUGAGCCCAUCAAUCACAGUGACCCCUUGGAGAAGAUGGCUGUCCUGGUGUCCCUUGGGAUCUUUGCCUUCUUCAUCCUGGCUGCUGUUCUUGUCAUCACCAUCCUCAUCUGGCUCCGGGUGAGGAAACAUGGCAAGGACAAGACUAAACCCAGCUUUUUGGUUGCUGCCACCCACUUGAGGGCAUUACCAAGUGAGUUGGGGUGCAGGAUGGAGAAUGGGGCGGGGGAAUGUGGGACAGGGAAUGCAGAGCAUGGGGCAGGUCAGUGACUCCACUGUCCCCCUUGACCCCCUGUCCUCUCUCUCAGCAGAAGCUCAGAUCCUGUAGUGAGCCCUGGCCAGUCCCUGCUCCAUGCACCUGCUUGCCCACGCAUGGGACUUGAUGCCACUGCUGGCCCCCAAGGGCCCCACACCUCCUGGGUCACCCCACAGCUGUGGACAUUGCCGGAGCCCCCAACACCCUGGGGUUGCAGGAUGGAUCCUAAGGAGAGAGGCUCUGCUCUCAGGAGCGUUGGACUGCCUGAGCCCACCAGGAGCCAGCUGGAGUCACUUCAGGCUCAGGGUGACAGGCCAGCUCCACCUCUGAGCGCUGCUAAACAAAUGGGGAUAAGACACUGAGCCAGCCCCACUUCACUGCCUAGUGUUGGGGGGACCAUGGGUGUAGGCUCCCGGGGGUGCCAGGCAUCAGUGCCAGACCAAGGGGUGCUGAUCCCUGCCUGUCACCCCCCACCAGCUGCCAGCCCCACCCCCUGCCCCUUCCCUCUGCCCCAAUCCCCCGUGCUGUGGCUGGACAGAGCAGAGAUGCCAAUAAAGGGGAUAUGCCAAUGCUAUCAUUGGCGCUGUCCAGGCAAAACCCCUUUGCAGAUGAUGCUGGGCCAAGGGAGGGGUGAGCACCAGCUUGGGAAUGGUCCUUGCAGGAGGUGCACAGGCAGCAGGGCUGCCUCCCAAACUGUUCAGCCCUCUCCCCAGAUGCAUGGAGGGGCUGAGAGAGACCCAUGCCGAGGCUAAGUGCCAGAAGAGAAUGCAGGCAGGCAGCUGUGUAGGACAUCUCCCCUGCCCUCACCAGCAUGACAGCUGAGACAGGACCCUCUGCACAGCCCCCCCUUGCUCUGCAUGUGGCCCCCUUGCCGCACCUCAACCCGGCCCCUCUAAUGGCUUCCAUGUGUUGGCACCUCCAGAUCCCGGUGUUCAGUGCCAGCAGCCCAACAAGAUCCAGAUGGAGCUGGGUGGAAAUUCAGACAGCGGCAACACGUGGAGCAGGGGGAGCAGAGCCAGUGCUGAGUGGGGACCCACCUGGGUCCUGGGGCUGCCUGUGAACCCACGAUGCAGAGGGAGCCUGGACUGGGCCAACCACAAAGGGUCCUUGUAUGGACUGGGUUGGAGGGAGCUGGAACAGGCUAUGCGUUUUGCAAUGUGUUGUGUGCCCACAGGCUCCCUGCUGCUCUCACUGGGUGCCCUGGCUGUGGGCUCAUGAGGGCUCUCCAUGCUUGGCUCUGUGGGGUUGCAGCCCCUCACUGUCCCUCAUGAGCACAGACAUGCUGAGAGAGAUGGAGGUCAGCCCUCUAUCUGCAGUGUGCAGUGUGCAUGGCACUAUCCCUGGACCAGAGCAGAGCUCUCCACAGGGAAGGUAAGGCAGGUCACCAACCUGGGGAGUUGUAAGGAGCCAGUUCUUGCCUGGACUUCCAGGCUCAGCAGUCACAUCACCUCUCCUAGGUGUAUCCCAUAGCCUGACAGCUCCAGCUACAUCACACUGCCAUCAUCCUCUGUGGUGUGGUCCCCAGCACCCAACCCAACCAAACACACAUUCUGAUGUGUCACACAGUCACCCUUGUCUUUUCUCAGUCCCCAGCGUGGCUUGGGCAGCCUUUACCAUUGGAAACGUCCUCUUAUCACUACCAGAUCCCACUCCUCUGCCACUAUGGAAGGGAUCAAAGUAGUGGUUGUGCAGAGAUGCUGUGGAACAGAGGUGAUGUACAUCCCAUAGCUGUGGCUCCAGUGUUUGCAAACAACUUAGUAAUUUCCCAGCAUCUGGUGCUGGUUUAGAGACUGAUGCCUGCUUGAGAUGUAGCAGCACAGCAGCUAGAAAAUGGGAGACAGCAGCUCUGGCCCCUGUAUUCUGUGUGCUUUUAAACUCCAGAAAGUCCAUGCAUACUCCGAAUAGAAGUUUGUUGCUGCUGUCUGGGGAACCCAUAGAUCUGUUUUCCCCAUGUGCCAAGCCCCAUGUCCCCUUCCUUAGCUGUGGUUGCCUGGCCAUGCAGUAGGGACACCCAGUUCUGAUGACCGGGGCAGCUUGAGGGCACAUCUGGUCUUCAUCACUGCAUCCUGCUGCCCAUGGCUCUGGAGGGUGACCCCUUUCCUCUCUGAUGUAAGGUGCCAUGACCUGCCAUCCAUUUUGCAGCUGGAGAUACCAAGAGCAGGCAGGGCAUCUGCAUGCCACCACAAAGUCCUGCCUGCCUGCACUGCAGCUUCUUGCUGGGAUGCCCCAUGGCUCAGCUCCCUGCCCCAGCAGCCUGUAAAUGUGACACACAGGCCUUGGGGACCCAAAGGAAGCAGCAAUUUCUGUGUUUCGGGAAAUAAAGAUGCCUGGUGCUGAGUGCUGCUCUCCCCGUUGCCAAAGGGGAGGAUGCACUGGUGCUGGAUGUAGGCAAACAGGGCUUUCCAGUGGACUGAGAAGAUGCAAGGGAGGGCUGGGGUGAGCAGCAAUCUGGAAUAAAGGAGAGGGAUCCAGAUGCCAAAA